CGGAAGUUAGAAAUGAAGCGGUUGAGUAAGAUGUUUAAAAUAAAAAUAAACACGUUGAGUCUUACUUAUUUAUAUCCCAGUUUAUUAAAACAAUGUUACAUAUAGCUGAAAAUAAAGUACAAUAACCAGAGCGUCAGACUAUUCAAGCGAUGAAGUGGAAAGCUAAGGAGUUAUUUUAUCAGACCUCGGUUCAGCCUGGCACAUGCUGUCAAGGCCUUUUAAUCUGAGAUUUCACCAUCAUGGAUGACUCGGACCAUGAUUUUGUAGAUCUCUGCUCCAAGUUGCUGAAACGCGUCCGUAAGAAUCCAGGUGAGCCAACCAGACAGAACAGGAAAGCAGGACAGCAGAGCUACAGUCAAGCAAGUGAAGGAGACAAGAGGAGUCGGAAUAAUAAUCCAGAUGACAACUACCCAGCUACCCAGCCUGCUAGAAUCAGAGCUGAGCAGGAUGUGGUCUGUGGAGCAACUGGUUUUGGUUCAGGGGAUGCUGGAUCUUCUGUUGUGUCUUCAGUAGAAGCGCAGUCUGACAAAGAUAUGAAGGCGAAAGACAAAGUUCUUCUCAGGAUGCAACAGUUCAAAAGAGCCAUUCCACAGAAGUUGGCACACAACGAUAAAACACAGCCAACAAACCACGUUACUGGUAGUUCAACUGCAGAGAAUCACAGACAAGAUGCUCUGUCCUGCGUCAGGUCUGAUCCCCACUCAGAGCCCCUGAAUGAUGAUGAGGCAUUGGCUCUGCAGCUGCAGCAGGAACUGGACUGCGAGGCAGCAGAGGCCCAGUUGGUUGACAUAGAAGACGGAGGCCUUUUCUUUUGUCAGAUCUGCCACAGAGACUUAUCACAUAUGACACUUGAGGGGCGUACACAACACCUCAACAGGUGUUUAGAUGAGAGUGAACAGAGUGCCCCACCUCCUCCUCCACCCUCUGGUGUUCCUGACUGUCCCAUCUGUGGUAAAAAGUUUAAGUCACAGAAGAGCCGCUCAGCCCACCUAAAGCGCUGCUCCUCAGAAAUGGGCGUCACCCCGGCUGUGUUGCUGCAGGCUCUGCAGAGGCAGGCUCAGGAGAGUCAGAGCACUGCUACCACACUCAUACAGACUGUGGGCACUAAAAGAAAAGUUGCAUCCAAGUCAGGCCUUCCUGUGAGAAAGAAACCCAAAAAGAAGACUGAACAGCUGGAUGAAGAGACCAUGGUGGCUCUGGCUCUUUCCACCUCCAUGCUGGAGCAGGAGAAGGAGCAGCUGGGACUGAAGGAGGCAGAGAGACAUUUGCAGAGAGUCACUGCUUCCUCUCACAGCUCCAUGACUCCAGCACUAAAGUGGCAGCCAGAUGCUGGUAAGGGGCGUGGGAAUAGGAAAAAGGCCGCCAUCCCUCGUCCUCCUCCGCUCCUCCUCAUUCAGGAUGCUGAGGCGGCCCUGACGAGGCUCCAAGAACGCGUUUCUGCUCUCCUACUACACAAGCGAGCUUCCUCUCCCCCAACCCCAACCUUUAGCCCCAGCACUUUGCCUGGCUGGACUGGUGCUGCCCCCCUCUGGCAGAAAAGUGCAGUGCUGGAUGGAAGCUUUUAUACUGCAGAGCUGAAGGAGUUCUUCAUACAUACUGAAGCAGUACCAAUGGAACUAACUUCAUUAAAACCAAGCAACAGGCGGGAGUCUUCUGUCCAGCCUGUGGGUGGAGGAACUCCAUCUUCAGGGACCAGAGUCUCCAUCCUGCCAUCCUGCUCCGAGGCAGUUUCUUGCUCCUCAGUUCACUACACUCCUGGGACCGGACAGCUCCCAGUAGGAAGCCAGACCCUCCGGGACUUGAUGGAGCUGGCUGAGGACGGCAUGACCCUGACACAGUAUGGAUACUCUGCUAAAGACAAGCGUCUGAGUGGUUUCAUCCAGGAGGAGUCAGAGGAGGCUGAACUCUGUGCCAGUGGUUUCCUGUUAGAAACAACCCACAAACCCUCAAAAAACACCCUCAGCCAGACGGUGAGGGCGACUGAUCAGCCAGGAGCAGAAGAUAGAAGUGACCAACAGUCGGCAGCGCUCUCCAGGUUAACAGCUGAUCUGAGCAGCAUGGUGAACAACCCUCAGCUCAGUGAUGUGCAGCUCCAGGUGGACAGUGGAGAGGUCUACUUUGCACAUUCCUUCAUGGUGUAUGCACGCUGCCCCCUGCUGGCAGAAAUGGUGCAUGAAAAUGGGUUUGGGGUGCAGGAAGAAGGCGUGCCAGCAGCUCAGAGGGUGUUGCUGAGUGACGUCCCUGGUCAAGCGGUGUUCACUCUGCUGCAGUACCUGUACACCACCCAGUGCUCCAUCACAGCAUCACUGCAGCCUCACAUCCUGGAGCUGGCAUCCAGGUUUGACUUGAAGGAGUUGGAGCAGCUUUGCCAUCUCCACAGAGAGGAGGCAGCAGCUUUGGUAGACGAGGCACACGAGUUCAAUCAGGAGGAACAUCCAAACAACCAGACAGACCAAGCCUUCAUGGAGCUGCUCCAGUCUAUGUGGAAUGAAGAGGACGAGGAUGACAAACGGGAGGACUCGGAUGGAGGAGGCGAUGAAGGGGAUCGGGUAAAGGAGGAUCAUCGAGCCGACGGGGUCACGUCAAGCGACAGAGAGGUCUGUGAGGAGCAAGUGAAUGAGGAAGAGUUGGAGGAAAUCUAUGAGUUUGCAGCCACGCAAAAAAAGAGGCAGGAGAGAGACAGUGAGGAGGACGAGGAAGAAAAAGACAGAAAAGACGAGGAACAAAAUGGAGACAUGGUGUUUACAAAGCUGAGGGAAUCUAAUAAAAACAUUAGUAAAAACAAUCUGAAUCCUGACCUUCAGCCUGAUCCAGACUUGAGACUGGAUUGUAGCUACAGCUGCCUCUUUUCACAGUCGUGGGGAACCUACAAGGAAGAUGAUUCCUCCUCUUCAGCCUCUGACUCUGAUCCACCAAAGACAAGCCCACCUCAAUUCAAACAACCUCAGUCUCCAAAUAAAUCAUCAUCUAAGGUCUCUGCCAGAACUCCUCCACCCAUUAUACCCAACUUGCCUGUUAUAGGACUGUCUCCUGGUCAAGUAGAUGACGCAGGUCAAGGUGGACAUGUGAGAGAAGAAGCUUUACAACGAGAAAGCCAAGGUCCUCGUAGUAUUUGUAUCCCUCUUUCUCCCGAUUCACUCGCCAAGAAGGAGGAACCUGAGCUGAUCGUUUUAUCAGAUUCGAGUGAAGAAAUGGAACAUGAUGGUGCGGUUGUUAGCUCCAGUAGGCUCUCUCCUCACCUCAACCACAACCUGCAGACCUACACAGAGGUCAAAUCCAGACAGAGAUCAUUGACCGAUGCUGCUGCUUUGGAGAAUGAAGAGUCCAGGUAUACGGAGUUAAGUCCUUGUGAUCCACCGGACUGUUCUCCUGAAGUUUCCUGGUUGAUCCCUUCCACACCAGUCCAGCCUGGCAGAAGCAUGACGGCCAGCUCCACUCAGACCAAAAGUAGCAUGUGCAGGAUGAAGCUGUUCCCCAAAUUUGAAACCUCCACACCCUCAUCCUCAGUCUUCUCUUCUUCUGUGUUACCAUUGCAGAACAAGCACAACACCUCCAGCAGUCAACACAAAUAUCCUGCCUCCUCUGGCAGAGCAGAGAGCGGCGUGUCCAGGUCAAAGCUGAAACGGACGCCUCUCAGAAGCUCCAAUUCGGACCCUAAAGUUUUUCCUGAAAAGAGUAAGGACAUAGAAAUGAUUGGAGUUAAACCAUCACAACCUAAUCAGUCACAUUUAUCAAGCUUGAUGCACCAUCACUCCCUCCAAGCUUCAUUAAAGCAAGAUACUCCUCUUCACCUCUUGCCCCAACCGUGUAGCAGCACUCCCUUGCAUCCACAGCUCCACCAGCUGCCUGUUCUUCCUGCCACCUCCCCCCUUCACACUGACACAGAUAAGCAGGAUUCAUUCAGUCAAAUAAAGGAAAGGACACCUUCAGAAAGCCCAGAGAAGACAGAGUUAGGAAGCUUUUAUUUUUCUCCUUUGUCUAACCCCUCAGAUCCACCAUCUUCUUCCUCUCACAGCGGUCAUCAAGAUUCAAAUGGGCAAAGCAAGUCCUGUAGCCUGAGUGGAUGUCCUGAUGAGUCCAGCAGCGUGGACAACAAGGAAGCAAGAAAUAAAAGAGAGAAAAGAGAGGUGGAUUUUAAUAAUGAAGAUGAUGUAGAAGAGCAGAAAAAUAGCAGAAAAAAGGAAAGGGGGGAAAUGGAAGAGGCUAAUCUUGAAGAAUCCGAUUUCCAAAACAGUUUCAUGGCCAUGGAUGAGCCUCCAAUAGCUUUUAAUGACUCGUGGGGACUUGAUGUCUGUGCAGAGGCCAAUCCAGGCUGCUUCAGUCUGAGGCUAGAAGACAGCAGAGGAUCCAGAGGGAUUAGUCCAACACAACGAGAACCAGCCAGGUCAUCCUCCUCUUGCAUUUCUAAACAUGUGACCACACUUUCACCUCAGAGUCACAGUCCACAACCAUCCAGCAGUCUACAAGCAAACACAGGCCCCUCUUUCACCUCAUCACAGCCUCACCCCAACACACCGAACACACCAGAGAUUGACAACUGCCUCCUGGACCCCAAAAUUUGGGACAGCUGGGAGGAGGAGAAAGGAGAUGAGUGUCUUCCUCUUUCUCAAAGAGUAAACCCGUCUGUCCUGCACAAAACCCCAGUGACACACAAUAAAAAGCGACGCUCCCUGGUGCCCAUCACUCCGAUGCCUCACUACUCUGACAUGGACACACCAGAGCUCAAGAAUAAACUCAACAGGUUCGGGGUUCGGCCUUUACCGAAGCGCCAGAUGGUCCUUAAACUGAAGGAGAUCCACCAGUACACGCAUCAGCUGGCCAGCUCCGAUUCUGAGGAUGACUUUGAGGGAGGCACAGCGCUGACGAAGCCCCCUGCUAGCAGAGGCAUCUCCUACACUCAGAAGGAAAAGUUUAAAGAACCCAGAGCACCUGCUGCUGUGUCUCCUGUCAAACCCAACAGAGAGGAGGACAUACAGCCGCUGUCUGCUUCACAGAGCUCCAACACCUCCUCUACAGCUGCCAGUGAAGAAUCUGAGAGGUCCAAUCCAGAGUUGUUAAUCUCUUCUGAUGGUGACUCAGACAGCGAUGGCGGCAUCUCAUCCUCCCAAGCAGCUUCACGGCUCAAAGAUCGUCUCCAGGCGGUGCGUUCCUUCAUCCUGUCCGACUCCAAGCUAUACAAUCAGAUCCUCCAGUACCAGCCUCUAGUCCUGUCACAGCUCCAGGAGCAACUCAAAGCAGCAGGCAUCCGCCUGGCUGCAGCCAAGCUGGUGGACUACCUGGACUCCCAGUGCAUCACCUUCACCACAGCAAAGCCGGGCCACUCUGCACCCGGCCGCAGACGGGGCAAAAAGCCGGGCAAGGCAGCACAAACAGGAAGCAGAAAAAAAGUAGCAGCAGCCCUGCUUUAAAAGUGGCUGGGAACGCGAGUGGAAACUUGCAAGUGGAACCCGUGAUCAAUAUAAAAUUAUGACUUUAAGUAUUUUGGACAGCCAGCUUCUGGUCUGCUAACAGUUUUAAACUGCGUAAAUAUGAAGUUUUUCCUCAACAGGUUUUGUAUUAAUUCUUUGCUCAGAUGUUGCAUUUGUCAUAAAUCCAACUGUUAAAUUAAAAAAAUGGUCGACUAUAUAAAAUGCAGUUGCGAAACCAACCUGUGUCCUAGCAAAUAUACACUAAGGAAAUACCAAAGGAAAACUAUUUUGAGCCAGAUCUGGACAAACCCAGUCUAAUAAAGAAAUUCCAUUACACAGGAACUUUUUGAAAAACAAUUUAUUGUUUUACUCGUCAUCAGCUUCAUACUCAAACAUCAGCCUAGAUGUACAUAGAGCUGAGCACGCUUACGAAAAGGAGACAAG